GACCAUUCUCGUGGCUGAUCUCUUUGUCCGGACCACUAUGGCGACGGGAUCUCUGCCUUUGCUCAUUGUUCUCGCUCUGGCUGCGGGAUCGCAUGCGCACAGUUUCCUGGACUCGAAUGAAGUCACUGAGAAUGAGGUCCAGCAAAGCUUGCUGGAUAUGGUGGGCACCGGCGAUAAGGGCCAGAGGCGCACGGAACUCCACCAGGCACUUCUCCCUACAUACACCGCUCUGCCAAAGAACUCGCAAGGCUUGAUCGACCACCAGGCUGUGCGCUACGUGCUUCACCGCAUGUUCGUCCAGAAGUACGGCUGGUACAUCAAGGGCCUGGAGCCCAGCGGUGACCAUUGGCAUCAUGAUGCGCCAGAUGAGAAGCCCGAGCUGGGCAAGGUCAAGGAGUGGGUGCCGACCUACAUGCAGGACCUGCUCGAAAAGCAACUGCACCACAAGGGGCUCGACCUUGAGGGCCUUGUGCAACUGGCCAUGGCGCUGGAGGAAUUGGUGAGCCAUGAGGCGGCAAACAGGCUGAAGACCGCGUAUCAGAUCCACAACCUUCCGAUGACCAUGAAUCUCUCUCGUGAAGAUGCUGCGGACAUCACGCGCACCUGGUACGUGGGAUUUUUGCUGGCAGGCAACUUCUCGGCGGACUCCCCAGAGGAGGUCCACGCCAAGAAGGCCAUUUUCGCGAGGAAGUAUUCGGAUUGGCAGGAUGCCGAUGACUGGCUCAUGAAGCUGGAGGAGCAGCACUACAAAGGUUCUCCAGUUCAAAAUUAUGACUCCACGCUGCGCCUGGUGCAGUCGAUCGGUGAAACGUACUUUCACUUCAACGAUGGCGAGUGCCGUGCGCUGAAGACGACUCUGCGUGACAUCGAAGGCAAGAAAGCUGGGCGAGUACGUCUUUCCACAUUCUACAAGAAGUCGCUCUACAGCCACUGGCGUUUCACCGAGAAGGCCGACUACCUGCGUAAGCUGGGUGCCCUCGAUGAUUCUGAUGCCCAGCAGCCCCAG